AUGGCAGAGCAAAUCGUGGAGUUUAAGUUGGUGUUGGUCGGAGAUGGAGGCACUGGAAAAACUACCUUUGUGAAAAGACAUUUGACGGGAGAAUUUGAAAAGAAGUAUGUUGCUACACUGGGAGUAGAGGUGCACCCUCUGUUGUUCCACACAAGUAGAGGCCCCAUUAGGUAUAACGUGUGGGACACAGCUGGCCAGGAGAAGUUUGGAGGUUUGAGAGAUGGCUACUAUAUUCAAGCUCAGUGUGCCAUCAUUAUGUUUGAUGUAACUUCUCGUGUCACCUACAAGAAUGUGCCCAACUGGCACCGUGACUUGGUUCGUGUCUGUGAAAACAUUCCCAUUGUCCUUUGUGGGAACAAAGUGGAUAUUAAAGACAGAAAAGUUAAAGCCAAGAGCAUUGUGUUUCACCGUAAGAAGAAUUUGCAGUACUAUGAUAUCUCUGCCAAGAGUAAUUACAACUUUGAGAAGCCAUUCCUUUGGCUUGCAAGAAAACUGACUGGAGAUCCGAACCUUGAAUUUGUUGCAAUGCCAGCCCUCGCACCACCUGAGAUCCAUAUGGACCCAGCUAUGGCUGCCAAAUAUGAAGAAGAACUUAAAGUUGCAUCAGAAACUGCACUCCCAGAUGAAGACGAUGACCUUUAA